UUGGUGCGCGUCUAUUAUCGAUGACGGAAGCUCGUAGGUUAUAAACCACAAAUACGCGUCGUUUGAAACUGACGCGUCUACAUCCACUUCGAAAGGUUCUAGUGUGUUCCUUUAUCAAUAUCUACGGUAUCAUAUCGAUAUCUGUGUUUCUCGAUGACAAUUUACAGCCACAAUCGCUGUUGAUGAUUGAAAUCGAGCUCGAUAGCUUGUUUGUUUACAUCUGCUGCCACGGCUUCUCUCUUCUCUUCGGCCAGCCCAGUCCCCCGCCCUUCCAUCAGCGUUGAAAAGCGCGAUAUAUAAAUAUGCCUGGCCUCUCUUCGAUCGUCGAGAAUGCACCCGGUGACCCAAUUGAAAGCGCUCGAGUGAAGCUCGUCUCGCGGCGGCCGAGGAUGUAAGAGAGGAGAGGAUGCGCGAGCCAGUAGCAUGGAAUACGAUUCUGAAUCAAGCUACGAGGGCGGUUGCUCGAGGGACCUCGCAGUCAUCGGCGACGACGAGCGGAAGCGUCUGACGGAAGCGCGCGAGAAAUGCGGCUCUCCACCGGAACCGGUGAAGCUCGGGGCGAAUCUAGCCAAGAAGAGACUCUCCGCGCAGGUAAUGGAAUAUUAUCGCAAAUACUCCCGUGACGCGAAUCUGGAUCAGUAUUUCUCGCUACCCGUGUCGAAUACUCCGCAGGAGGCUGUUAACUACUACUGCAGCGUGUACGAACUGAGCGCACAGGUGGGCCCGAAUAGGCAGGACUGUAUCGGAGAGGAGUAUAAUCUAAGGUCUUAUGUCCCGAGAGAGAGACGUAGGUGGGUAAGGCCUCCGCUGAUCGGACAGUCCUCUAAUACGGAUGUUUCAUCCAGGUACGUUGAAACCUUGACAGAUCUUGGAACGUCGUCGCCAGAUUUCAAGCACAAUCUCACGCCGGAAACGAUACACGAGGAGAAGAAUGAGAGCCAAGAGAAGUUCCCGGAGGUGAACGAUAGAAAGAUAUCUUCCCCGACCUCCAGCGUGGCGUCUCACAAACCGCUGGAGUGGGACAGCGGCGCCGAUGUCGGUUACUUCAAUUCGCUCGCUCAUAACAAGCGAGACGACAAGAGAUUAAGCACCAUAGAACGUAUGGCACUGGCGCGAGGAUGCUCGGCCGCUUUACGGCUAGAUCCGGAAGGUACCACCGAAUCCGGGAUGCAAUCGGGGAAGAAUACGGGGGCUCAUGGCGGUUCGAAGUCGUCGACCGUGCCUGACGCAAAUUCAACGCCGUUGGUAGCGAAUGUCUCGGGUUCGGAGAGCGAAAUAGAGAUCACACCUAUUGUCAAGAACCAUUUGCCCGGCAUUAUCACGGGAGAUGAUAUAAAAUCGCAGGAGAAAUGCGUCGCGAAUGACGCUGUAGAAUCGAAAACUACGUUAAGGUCUACAAAAAGGGAAGUACACAAUUUAGAUACCCCUACGUCGUCGUUCAAGACGCCACUGGUGAAAUAUCCGACGAUGGAGAGAAGAAUCGUAAAUUCGAAACGCAAAGAAGUUACACGUCCGUCGAGUUCACCGUUGCAGAAAAGCAUGUCGAUGAACGUGAUACCCGCGUCGUCGUCAAAAUCCUCUUUGAAGAGAAGUCAGAGCGAACUAAACUUGCACGCUAAGGAAAGAAAAUCUGUGCUGCCUCUAAUCUUUAAUUCUACGUCCUCCAUCGCUACCAUAGUGAAUAAACCUGCCACUUGUGAUAAAGUAAUACAGACAAGUCCAGACGUAUGCUCUCAGGAAUCCGUUGCCAUUCAAGUUUCAGAUCUCGACGAAAGCAAACCAUCGUUGUUAGAGAAAGAUCCUAAUUUACAAGCGAUACAUUCUAUUUUGAAAAAGUCCAAUGGUACGUAUAAGAUUAAAAAUACAAAGAAAUGCGAAAACGCUUCGCGUCCCACGGAUGAGGUCGAUACAAACGCCAAGGACGUUCAAAGACAUCGGAGUAGCUCGGAAAUUUCGCAGAACGCGUCGACCUCGAUAACACCGCAGCCCGAUGAGGCGGAGAACGUAUCCGGGAGAGCCAACAGUUUCGAAUACUUUCCAGGGCACACUUAUGCAAAUGUUCCAAACGGUAGGGAUAGCCACGUGUCCUCGGAUACCGGUAGAUCGAAUUCGACUUUGCCAAACAGCAGUUCCAGCGUUAACGACAAGCUAUGGGGAGAUUCGGAUAGCUUGGUCCGGGACUUGGAGAGAAGCGUCAACAUCCUCAAGAGCCUCGUCGAUGCCAACAAAUGCGAUAAGCAAGUUAAGAAAAGACUGAUACAGCACGUGAUCAAGCGGCUCGUCACCGCAAAAUACACGGACGAUAAAAUUGAGCAUAAUUUGGAGGACAACGUUCCCUGGAAUCCGGAUGAUGCGAGGAAUAAGGUUUACCGAUCCGAGUUGCUUCAGGCUUUGACGAACAAGCAUAGCACCACCGAGUCCUCGGAUGAGUGGAACUUGCAGAAGAAGGAUAUAUCGAUGCAGAAAUCUGUAGGAACCACCAGCGAUGUUAUAAAGGAAGUCGCUUUGGGAAGUAGUAAUAGCGACAAGUUCGACCGACAUACAGAUAGAACGGAGAUGGAUGGUAGGAAAGCGCGUCUAGGACUGAGAACCGAUGACUGUCAACGCAGCAGCAACACGCCAACAGAUCCCGAUAAGAGCGAGAGUUCCGAAUGCUUCGUACCUCAGCGCAAUCAUAAAAAUGCUAAAGUCAAUGACAUAUUUUGCUUCAAGGAGAACUGUAAACUGCCGCAUCGGGAGUCGACCACGACCAACAGUAUACUCCCGGAUCACAAUAGAAUCUUAUUAGACGCCGUCGUCAACAAUAGAAGGAACUCACUCGAAUCUAAUAAUAAUACGGAUAAUAAUACCGACUGGAGAUUGCCGACUACCUCGUCGGAGAGACACUUUGAAUUGAAGAAGUGCAGCAUGUCCGAGUCCGGUGAUUCUAAACUCGUUAAUUACGCUGAAAUGGAGAAGAGAAAUCAACUGAUUUGGAUUACGAAUGAGAUCAGCCACCUCUGUAACUUGAAAAAAUUGCUAGAACAGCCCAGACGAUUGGAGAGACCGAAAUCCUCGCCAAGGAAACCUAAAUUGGCGAAUCUCAAAUCGAAGCAAACGGCGAUAAUCAGACGAGAACAUGUGGACACCGUACACGGAAGUAUAUCCGAUCUACGGGAGGAUUCCAUGAACGAACCGUGGUCGUCUCAUUGCAACUUGGCGACGCGCGAAGCUGCGAGUGAUAACAUAAUUCAGAGGAUCAUGAAACGUAACAGUUGCACGCAAACGGCGACGAAUUUAGCCAGUGCCCAUUCGAAGACCGGAGGCGAGAUUGUGUCCGCGUCCAAAACGCAGAGAUCCAUGACAAAGCGCGUAGCUGUCGGUGUACAAACGUUACUUCGCGAAAUGUCUUCGACACCGAUCGAAUCAUCGAUCGAAUUAGACGCGAGGUACAUGAACUCUCAGAAGCCAUGUUAUCAGAAUGGCGCAAAAUGCAGAGACCAAUCGUGCCAAACACACAAUACCGGCCGUACGUGCACGCGGUGCAAUCAGAAUUCGGAUUCCGAUGCAGCCUCCAUCAGAUCGCGUAAAGGAGACGCGCCGAUCGUCUCGCAUCAGACGCAGACGAAUUACGCGAGCGACGACGCCGCGGAAUCCAAGUGUCAUCGCGCAUCGCAAAGUCAUCCAACUGUCAUCCAACAGAAACAGAAAGAGGCUAAGAAUCAAAUCAACGCGUCCAAGUCGAAAUGUAGUUGCACUCGUAGUGGCACUUGUUCGUCCAUUAAUGAUAAUAAGUGUGUUUCGAGCACGAUUGAAGCCAAACGAACUGCCGAAAAACGAUCACUAUUUACAUGUGCAUUGUGCUCCGAACAGAAGCCCGUCGCGGAUGUCAGUAAUGUUUGUGGGGUAUGUCAAAGGAAUCUCUCCUGCACGCAUGAAAAUAUCUCGGAAUCAAAUAGCCAAACGUCGAGGACCCACAUGAAUGCGUGCGAAUGCGAUGUCAAUGUUCCUAUGAAGGAUGCAGAUAGGAAAAUCAUCGGCAAAUCCCGACAAAACUGUAACGUAGAGAACCAGAAGAAAUGUGACUUGAAUCAUGACGAACAAAAUGACACUGGAAGGAUUUGCGAUUGUGUCAACGAUCGCGUUACACGUCGAAAUCGGGAAAUCACAAUGGCAGGAUCAUUGUGUGAAUAUUGUCACUCGAAUGGUAAAAUGGACAAUAAUGGUUUGUACCAUUUCGAGUGCCGUUUAGCAGAGCAUCAAAUGCGAAAGCAAAUCUAUUCCGAUAGUUUGCAAGACGCUGGCAUAGUUCAACAACGUAAAGUACAAAAUAGCGUAUUAAAAUGCAAUUGUAACGAGGCUUGCUCCUGUAAUAAUAAUCAAGCGAUCAAAGAUACCGUCAAAACGUACAAAAAUUACGCAUCGAAACCAAAUAUCGCAGAUAAUGCCGGUAUUAAUAAAACGGAAGGAAAUUCCCAACAUUGUCGCGCGUGUGGUACCGCGUAUCAAAAUAUCAGAAAAUGUGGCUGCCAUCAAAUGUAUCCCAAAGCUGUUGCGUACGAGGUGUCGUUUACAAAGGAGAACACGUUGAAAAAUGAAACCUCGGAUAUCAUUCCAAUAAUGCCAAAAGUUUCCAAGCAUCCUUCGAGCGCAGCAAAAUUUGAUGCCUGUGCUUGUGAUAUGAAAAGGAAUAACAAGAAUACUCAUCAAAGUACAUUGCAGGAUUAUUUAUCUAGAAACAAUCCCGAGUUUGUGGGCAAUGCGGAAACACGCCGACAAUAUUUAUUGGAAAUAUGCCAAUUGCGGGAAUUGAGAAAGGAGAAGAGGAUACAAUUAUUGGCAAUGGCUAGUACAUCUACUAUCAAUAAAUCCACACCGAUACGAAAGCCAACAGUUUCCGCACAACGAAAAAUUACUGACGAGGAGAUGAAGGAGCGGUUACGCAAACGGUAUCUCCGAUUGAAUGAAGUGCGAUUCAAACGACAACAGCAGGAACGACAAGAAGAGGCACGCCGAAAUAAACUUAUGGCAAAAAUUUUUUGCAAGAGAUUGCAGCAAAAAGUUUUGAGAGGCCAAGUAGAUUUGUCUCAAAGUGUCAGCGUUAUAUCGAAUUUGUAAAAUUCUUAGGAGUUACUUAUGUAGAGUGCCUUUUCACUUUCAUAAAUAUAUAAACAGAGCUAUCUUGGAGACUUUUAUUGAAAUUUUUAUUAUUCUGUACAUAAUUCUUGCAUACAUGAAAUUGACACUUUAUCUAUUUAAAAUUCAA